AUGGGUAAGCUGUGUAUAGAAGUGUCCCCCACAGACAAGAUUGCUUUUAUUUCUGAAGAACUUUGUAUCGGCUGUGGUAUAUGCUCAAAGAAAUGUCCAUUUGAAGCCAUCACUAUAAUCAACCUGCCAAGUAACUUGGAACGAGACACUACCCACCGCUACAGUGCUAAUUCUUUUAAACUGCACAGGUUGCCUACACCUCGACCAGGUGAGGUCUUGGGACUUGUGGGGACCAAUGGUAUUGGAAAGUCAACAGCGUUAAAAAUUUUGGCUGGGAAACAGAAACCCAACCUAGGACGUUUCAAUGACCCUCCUGACUGGACUGAAAUCCUGGCAUACUUUAGGGGGUCAGAGUUACAGAACUUCUUCACCAAAAUCUUGGAAGAUGAUCUCAAAGCGUUAAUCAAACCACAGUAUGUGGACCAAAUCCCCAAGGCUGUCAAGGGAUCUGUGCAAAAUUUUUUGGACAAAAAGGAUGAAAGAAAGAACCAGAUGGAUGUUUGUGGACAGCUAGAUCUGAUGAAUGUACGUGACAGAAACGUUGAAGAUUUGUCAGGAGGGGAGCUUCAGCGAUUUGCUAUAGCAAUUGUUUGCAUUCAGGAUGCAGACAUUUUCAUGUUUGAUGAGCCGUCCAGUUAUCUGGAUGUAAAGCAGCGUCUCAAGGCUGCCCAAGCCAUCCGCAGCCUGAUCAGCCCAGACAAAUACAUUAUUGUUGUGGAGCAUGAUUUGUCUGUCCUGGACUACCUCUCUGACUUCAUAUGCUGCUUGUAUGGUGUGCCUGGAGCCUAUGGUGUGGUGACUAUGCCUUUCAGCGUGAGAGAAGGAAUCAACAUCUUUCUUGAUGGCUUUGUGCCCACUGAAAACUUGCGAUUCAGAGAUACCUCACUGACCUUCAAAGUUGCAGAGACUGCUUUAGAGGAGGAGAUUAAGCGAAUGUGCAGAUAUGAGUAUCCAAAGAUGUACAAAAAGUUAGGAAACUUUGAGCUGAGGAUAGAUCCUGGCCAGUUUACUGAUUCUGAAAUCAUUGUCUUGUUGGGUGAGAAUGGUACGGGCAAAACAACCUUCAUUAAGAUGUUGGCAGGCCGCCUGGAACCUGAUGGUGGAGGUGAGAUCCCUAUUCUAAAUGUGAGCUACAAACCACAAAAGAUCAGCCCUAAACACCAAGGCACUGUCCGACAGCUGCUCCAUGAACGCAUUCGCGAUGCAUAUGUCCACCCACAGUUUGUCACUGAUGUACUGAAGCCCCUACAGAUUGACCCCAUUUUUGACCAAGAG